GCGCCGGAAGUGGCGCGCGCCGGAGAGACAGCGUCGAGGCGGGGCGCCUCUGUUGCACCGGGCGCCGCCCGGGUGUGCCCGCUGCGCCAAGGAGGCGGCGGCCGCGCUGCGGGUAACAGACGAGCCCGUCAUUACUCACAUAAUGGAUUUUAUCAAUCGGAUUUCUUUAUUCUGGGUAUCAUGGUAACAAUAUAGAAAGAAUACUUUAUUUUUCAUUUCUAAAAGCUGUCAUGAUUACUGAAGAAAGGAACUUUUUUAAGAUACAGAGCAUUUAUUACCUUUUUUUGGAAAUUGUGGUUUCAUUUUUAACUCGAUAACUUUUUGUUAAAGGUAUGCAAAAGCAAAGAGUUUACCUUGUUAGACAAAUUGAGGUUCAGAAGAAUGUCUCGAAGAGCAUCAGUUCUUCACACCCGGACCCACUGGCUUCUGCUGGGCCUCGCUUUGCUCUGCAGUUUGGUAUUUAUGUACCUCCUCCAGUGUGCACCCCAAACUGAUGGAAAUGCUCCUCUUCCGGGUUUUGUUGGGGACAAUCAUGGCAAAGAGUAUUAUCAAGCUCUCCUCCAGGAGCAAGAGGAACAUUACCAGACCAGGGCCACCAGCCUGAAACGCCAGAUUGCCCAGCUAAAACAAGAAUUACAAGAAAUGAAUGAUAAAAUGAGAUCAUUGCAAGAGAAAAAGAGUUCAGGAGCUAAUGGCUUAGGCUAUCAAGUCAGCAAAGACCAAGCACCUGGCGAUCUUUUAGAGUUUCUUCAUUCCCAGAUUAACAAAGCUGAAGUUAGCAUAGGAGCCAAACUGCCCAGUGAGUAUGGAGUCAUACCCUUUGAAAGUUUUACCUUAACAAAAGUAUUUCAGUUGGAAAUGGGGCUCACUCGCCAUCCUGAAGAAAAACCAGUUAGAAAAGACAAGCGAGAUGAAUUGGUAGAAGUUAUUGAAGCUGGCUUGGAGGUCAUUAAUAAUCCUGAUGAAGAUGAUGAACAGGAAGAUGAGGAAGGCCCCCUUGGAGAGAAACUGAUGUUCAGUGAAAAUGACUUCGUAGAAGGUUAUUAUCGCACCGAAAAAGAUAAGGGCACACAGUAUGAACUAUUUUUUAAGAAAGCAGACCUUAUGGAAUACAGACAUGUGACCCUCUUCCGCCCUUUUGGACCUCUCAUGAAAGUGAAGAGUGAAAUGAUUGACAUUGCUAGAUCAAUCAUUAACAUCAUUGUACCUCUUGCUGGAAGAACUGAAGCAUUUGCACAGUUUAUGCAGAACUUCAGGGAUGUUUGUAUUCAUCAAGACAAGAGGAUUCAUCUCACAGUGGUGUAUUUUGGUAAAGAAGGACUGUCACAAGUCAAGUCUAUCCUAGAAUCUGUCACAAGUGAGUCUAAUUUUCACAAUUACACCUUGGUCUCAUUGAAUGAAGAAUUUAAUCGUGGACGAGGACUAAAUGUGGGUGCCAGAGCUUGGGACAAGGGAGAGGUCUUGAUGUUUUUCUGUGAUGUUGAUAUAUAUUUCUCAGCCGAAUUCCUUAACAGCUGCCGCUUAAAUUCUGAGCCAGGUAAAAAGGUGUUCUAUCCUGUGGUGUUCAGUCUUUAUAAUCCUGCCAUCGUUUAUGCCAACCAGGAUAUACCACCUCCCGUGGAGCAGCAGCUGGUUCACAAAAAGGAUUCUGGGUUUUGGCGAGAUUUUGGAUUUGGAAUGACUUGUCAGUAUCGAUCGGACUUCCUGACCAUUGGUGGAUUUGACAUGGAAGUGAAAGGCUGGGGUGGGGAAGAUGUUCAUCUGUAUCGAAAAUACCUACAUGGUGACCUCAUCGUGCUGCGGACUCCUGUGCCUGGCCUCUUCCACUUGUGGCAUGAGAAACACUGUGCAGAUGAGCUGGCCCCUGAGCAGUACCGUAUGUGCAUCCAGUCCAAGGCCAUGAAUGAGGCCUCCCACUCUCUACUGGGGAUGAUGGUAUUCAGGGAGGAGAUCGAGCGGCACCUUCACAAACAGGCCUAUCGGACCAAUAGUGAGGCCUUUGCGUGACAUGAUUGUGACAACCCCCUCCCCCCAGACAAGCACUAUUUAUUUAGCCUUAAUUCCCAUUCCAGAUGCUGUGCCUGUUUCUGAGAAGAUGUGGUUAUUUGUCCAUGUUCUUCCUCAGAUGACUAUAGCAGAUCAACUUGCUUAGAAAAGGAAAGAGGCAAGUGUUCCAAUGCAUAGCCUCAAUCUUAGGAGAUUACUGCACUACAGAGCAGUUGACAAAAUGAAGUAUGACUUUUGUCCCCAAAGGAGUUCUGAGUUUGUUUGUGCUGGGUGCCCAAGUUCUGAUUGUGUCUGGGUGGAGCAAGGCGGCAUGCGGGCUGAGGGCAACUAUCAACCAUUUCUGGGUGAGAACUUUGGUCAAUAGUGUGCAGAAUCCUUUUUCACUGAGGCAGAGGAAAAAUAAAUGACUAAUCCAAAAUCCCCAAUCAAAAAACAAUCAAGAGGAGACAGAAAUCAACCCCCCUUAACUUCCUGCUUCCUAGCCUGCAAGUGUCUGUUUUGGAACAAAUGGGUAACAGAAAGUUAGUUAGAAUUUAUGGCUUGAUUAAGUCAGGUGUGGUAGUAUACACAUUUCAUCCUGGCACUCAGGAGGCUGAAGUGGGAGGAUCAAGAGUUUAAAUAUCCAGCCUAGGCCACUUAAUGAGAUUCUUUCUCAAAAAAAAAAAAAAGAAGAAGAAGGAAGAAAGAAAGAUCAAAAUGUGUUAUUGCCAUGUUAAGACUUAAUUGUCCAAGUUGCUGUAGAGUGUCUUGAGUAAACAAGUUCAUACGGAAGCAUUUAACUGUGGGGGAGUGCAGGGUGCUGUCUGCAAACACCAGCUGACCUGAGUGAGUGCACCUGCGGCACUCUCCAGAGUAGAUAAACUGUCUCAUAUGUAUUUAUUACCAUUUAUCUUCUACUGUGCUAGUAUUUGCUGUGUCUGUCUUUACAAUAUUGUAAUACCUUCAAUAGAGUUUGGUUGAGGAAGUAAAAAGACAGGUAUCACUCUGGUUUGAGAAAAGGGAAGGUAGGAAUGGAAAUAUGAGUUACGUGUGUGUGUGUGUGUGUGUGUGUGUGUGUUUGCUGGCACUAGGACUUGAACUCAGGACCCUGGACACGGUUCCUUAGCUUUUCU